CCAUCAAAAGCCUUAAUCCUUGACCUGUGUGCUCUACGCACUUUUGCGUAUUCUAGUUUCUCUCUCUAGAAACUCCCAAAAUCUCCGUUGACUGAAGUAAUAAAACCUCCCAUCCACCCGUAUAAAUAAAACGGGUAGUGAGCUUUUCCGGCGUACGUAUUAGUUGAUUUUCUCAAAAGUGUCUUUGAGUCUGCCUUUGGUGGUAUCGAAAGUCUUCAAUGGGAAAUUAGGGUUGUAAAGGUCAGAUUUGCUGAUUUGGAGUUAUUUUUUUCUUAAUUUUGUAGUCGGUGUUGAAAAGUUUGGUGCAUCUGGAACCUAGGGUUACAGCUCAAGCAAUAUUUUAGUCUGUGUUUACUUGGAGAUUGAAUGGAAUGGAUGAUUGGGAUGAGUAGUUUGAAGGUUUUCUUUGAUUUUUCAAAAUGUUGUGGUAGUUUAGUCGAAUUUCGUUGAAGUAAUGAUAUUUAUAACAGAGAAAAUUGUGCAAAAGUCAUGGUUUUUGUUGAAUCUUUUUGAUGUUCUGUAUAUUUGAUUGCGCAGAGUUAGUUAUUUUUGAAGUUUAAGAAUAUGAAGAGAUUGAGGUCAAGUGAUGAUCUUGACCCAUAUGGGGAUAAGGGUGUUAUUAAAGAUUGGGGAAGAAGGGAGGAGGAUCUGGGUUUCAACCGAUCUUCUUCUUCUCAUAGGAGCUCUUAUUACAAGUCUUCUGAGAGUGGGAGAAAGGGUUUGUCUUCAUCAUCAUCUAGGUAUGAUCGGUUAGAAGAUGAUUGGGACAGUUCAAGAUCGGUCAGAAAAUGGUCAAAUUAUGACAUGGACGGUUAUGAUAGAAGGAAGAGCUAUGAUCGGCAUAGAGAGGGGAAUGAGAGAGGGAUUUUGAGUUCUUCGCCUCGGGUUGGGUACGGCAUGGAUCGGAUUCAUCGAUCUGAAAGCUUUUCAGGACCUAGGAGGGAGUUUCCAAAAGGGUUUAGGUCAGAGAGUAAAAGGUCAAGGAGGGAGGGGAGUGUUUCAUCAUGGCGAAGGUUUAGUGUGGAGAAAGAUGGAGAUGAAGGAAACAGAAGUAGUGGUAGUGAGUUAGCCAGAGGAAAUAGAGUGGAGUUAGAGGAUGUUGGUAAGGUGAAAUCCCCCAAGGGACCGAGAGAUGCAAAGUCUCCUGCUUGUUCGAAGGAUUCUGUCAGCGAUCAGUCAAAGAGUUUUGAAGUAAAAAGAAGUGAAUAUAUGCCAGUGGAUAGUGGCGCCCCUAGCAGUGAAAGGGAAGAGGGGGAGCUGGAACUGGACGCUGAACCCGUGCAUUUUCCUAUGCAAGCUGCUGGUAAAUUGAAAUCCUCUCAGAUGGAGCUCCAUCAUGAACAUUACAAUCAGAACAAAGUUUUGCAGCAAAAAGAAAAUUCCUCACCUUUAGAAAUGGGAGGUACGAGUAAAGUGGGUAGUCAUGAGGAGCCAACAGAAGUUGGAACAUUGGAAGAUGUUCAAGACAUAACAAAUAAAGUUAACGAAUUGCCAGAUGAUAAGAAUAGUUCACUUCUGGGGAUAAGCAGAAGUGCAGAUGAAAAUGAGGCUACAAGAGAUAAUUGUAGAGGUGAUGAUGAAGAGGAGGCUAGAAUAGAAAGCCAUGGCAAGGAGGAUGCAGACGCUACAAUUGCUGAAAAGCCAAAAAUUGUACAAAAGGAACAAGGGGAAGAUAAAGGUACUGAUCAUGAAGAUAAGGCAGCUGGUGCUGAUAUGUCAAAUGUAAACAAGGGGUUUGCUGAAGAAAUUGAAGUGCCCUUGAAAGAGAAAACAACCCAACAUUUGAAGGAUAAGGGCAAAAAUAUUGCUGUCUCGCCCUCAAACAGCACUCACAUAUUGGAAAACUUUUUGGAGAUUGAAAACAAAUCAAAGGGCCUCAUAACAUUCGAAAACAGUGGUUUUGAAGGACCGAGUACCAGAGGAUUUGAAUUUUUCUCCAAUGAUCCAGUUAAGAAGCAAGAGAAAGUCGAGCAGUCACCUCAGAACACGCAUAAAGAUGAAAAACUUGCUCUUGACCUUUCUCUCAGCUUGCCAAAUGUUUUAUUGCCUAUCAGUGCUCGAAAUAGAGGCCAGGACGCUGGUUCUCCUAGUCAUGCAAGGAGUGCUCAAUCCUUUCCUAGCACAUUUCACACAAAUUCUGAUGGAUAUACUGCAUCAGUGUCUUUUUCUGGUUCUCAGCAGUUCACUCACAACCCUAGCUGUUCACUGACUUACGAUGCAUAUGAUUAUGAGAAAUCUGUUGGUAGUCGGCCCAUAUUUCAGGGAGUGGAUUGGAACGCUCCGUCUUCAGAUGACCAUAAGAACAAAGAAAUUCCAAUAUAUCAAGGCACUUCUAUUGGAAAUAGCCUGCAUCAUCAGUUCCAAGCAUCUCAAGGAAAUUCAAGUGGACAACCUGUGUUACAACAUCUAAGAGUUGUAGAGGGAAGUUCAAAACCAAUUGGACUAGAUAGGCAAUUAAGUGUUAAUAAACAUUUAUGUGGAGCACAAUCUCAGCAACUAAAUGACAUUAGAUCUCCUUCGCAGAGUAUUGGAUCUCAUGGAAAUGGACCUGGAUAUAGCAAAGACAGGAGACCAGUGAUGGAAGAUAGAGAUAAUGCUAGUUUACAUAGGACCAGUAAUCCAGAGGGAAAAAAGCAGGCACUGGUGGUUGGAGCUGACUUUGCUGAGUCUAUAGUUACUAUGAUAGUUGCUGAGCCACUCCAUGUGAUGGCCCAGAAAUUUAAUGAAAUGACUGAACAACACGUGACAUGUGUGAAGGAGUUUAUUCGUGAAAUCAUUUUAAAUCCAGGUAAGCACUGGCAGUUGCGUGCUUUGCAGAAAGCAUUGAGAAACAGACAAGAUAUUACCCUGGACAUGCUAGUGAAGUCGUCAGUUAGUCAAUUGGAAAUCUUGGUGGCUCUAAAAACCGGUCUCCAGGAAUUUCUUCAGCAAAAUUACAACGUACAAUCUUCUGAUUUGGCUGAGAUAUUUCUAAAUUUAAGAUGUAGGAAUCUUACUUGCCGGAGUCUUGUGCCUGUGGAUGAAUGUGAUUGCAAAAUAUGCACACAGAAGAAUGGUUUUUGCAGGGAGUGCAUGUGCCUCGUGUGUUCGAAGUUUGACAUGGCAUCGAACACGUGCAGUUGGGUUGGAUGUGAUGUAUGUUUACAUUGGUGUCAUGCUGAUUGUGGAUUACGGGAAUCCUAUAUUAGAAAUGGGCAUAGUGCAGCUGGUGCUCAAGGCACUACAGAAAUGCAAUUUCACUGUGUUGCCUGUGAUCAUCCUUCUGAGAUGUUUGGCUUUGUGAAGGAAGUUUUCCAGAACUAUGUCAAAGAAUGGACAGCAGAAACACUUUCCAGAGAACUUGAAUAUGUAAGAAGAAUAUUCUCUGCCAGUGAGGAUUCGAGAGGGAAGCAACUACAUGAGAUUGCCAGUCAGAUGCUAUCUAAAUUGGCAAAUAGAGCCUACAUUCAAGAGGUGCAGAACCAUAUUCUGGGUUUCCUUAAUGAAUCUGAUUUGUUCAAGCCUGGCUUCAUUUCCACCGAAUCUAGGAAAGAUUUGUCGACAAAAAAUAAGGGUGGCAGUAAUGGUAAUGCUGGGUCCAGCCAAGGACCUAUGUGGCUAAAAUCUGUUUCUUCAGAAAAGGCUCCUCGAUUGGAAAAAUCUGUUAGUUUACUUUCCAGUUUUGAUGGCAAUAGGGGUGAUAAAUACAAAAUGAAAAUGGAUCUACAAACUGAGAAGGAACCCGUAUAUGAUGAAUUGGAGAGCAUUGUGAGAAUUAAGCAGGCAGAAGCUAAGAUGUUUCAAGCACGUGCUGAUGAUGCAAGAAGAGAAGCUGAAGCUCUAAAGUGCAUUGCAGUAACGAAAAAUGGAAUGAUUGAAGAAGAAUAUACGACCCGAAUUGCAAAACUGCGAUUGGCUGAGGCGGAUGAGAUGUGUAAACAAAAAGUGGAUGAGCUCCAGGGCCUUGAAAGAGCAUAUCAGGAAUACUUCAAUAUGAAAAUGAGGAUGGAAACGGAUAUCAAAGACCUUUUGCUGAAAAUGGAAGCUACACGAAGGAAUCUCAAGAUGUGAUCCAUAAACGGAGUAUUUUCCUAGUUAAAAUUUCACCGGGCUUUUUUGUCCCUUGCUGUAUUUUUAGUGCUGCACUUAUUGUUAGUUGAUUUGUGGGUGACUUCCAGUUUCAUGCUCCAAGUGCUAACCAGAUUAUGUACAGAGUUGCCAAACUCUAUAUGUUUUUCAAAGAGCACUUAGAUAUGGACUGGGGUGGGAUGAAGAAAUUGAAGACCCAAGUUUUUUAUCACCUGACUGUUGCCGUCAUAGCUAUUUAAAUCUUCUUUCCAUGUUCCUUCGUGUUUUUCGGGAUAGCUUUACAGGAUCUUCUCAUGCAGGGAAACAAGGUCAAAAUGAUCCAUCUCAUUAAACGUAUAUGAUGUUAUGAACUUGAAAUAAGCCCCUAGUACAAGGGAGAUUGUUAGGGCAGUGUAUAGGGGCUGAGACUGCAGCUCCAGAUUGGAUGUUUUAAGUUUGUUUUUGGGGCAAACUUCGAAGAAAUGUUGCCAUCUGGCAACAUGUAACUUUGUUUGGCAAAUCUGUUUGUACACAUAGCAUAGUUGUAAGGCAAAUCUGUUUGUACACACAGCAUAGUUGUAUGAACUUACGCCACUUUCCUUUAUCAGAACUCUGAAAACAAGUUGUAGCGUUCUUUUAUCAGAAGUGAAGAAAGACCUAUCUAAAAUUUCUGUAAAAAAAUUGGUUCUGAUAUAUUAUGAUCUAGAAAUGUUCGUGUCCUAA